GGUUUCUCUCUCUCUCUCUUACACACUAAGCAAUGAAGAAGCUCUACCGAAAAGGAACAGUCCACCCCUCGCCGCAGAAAAAACCCGACGACCAACUUCUCCAACUUCUUCCCGUUGCCAUCUUCUCACUAGCAGCGGUUCUUUCCCAAGAAGACCGUGAAGUCUUGGCUUAUCUCAUAUCAACCGCCUCUUACUCCGGCGACCGAAACCAUACCUCUCGCCUGAAUAAGACCAAACCCCACGAGAAGUCCCGUUUAGACAACCACUCUCCUCUUUUUCACUGUGACUGUUUCAGCUGCUACACGAGUUACUGGGUGAGAUGGGACUCUUCACCUAGUCGCAAACUGAUUCAUGAAAUCAUAGACGCUUUCGAAGACAGUUUGGAGAAGAAGAAAAAAGGUGGAAGGAAAGAUCGGAGAAAGCGCUCAGGGAAGACCUCAGCUCUCGCUAGUCCUAGAUUUGGUACGAAAGAUUCAGAGAGUUUUAGUCAACUUACUGAGUCGAUUGCGAGUUCGUUUGCAUGUUCGAGUUCGAGUGAGUUGGUUGAUGGCACUAACGGCAGUUUGGAAUCAAUGGAGGAGGAGCUCCGUGCCGGAGACGUUGGCGAAGAGGCGGAUAAGGAGGAGGAGAAAGGGUCCGUUAGGAGAUUUGUAAGUUUCAUAGGUGAGAAAGUUUUUGGUGUUUGGGGAUAAGAAAUUUACAAGAGAUGAAAUAAAAAACUAUAAAUGUAUUUUUUUUUCUUCUUCUUUGUUUCACUUGGAUCUUUUGUAAGCAAAGCCAAAAUGUUUGAUUACCGAAAGUUUCCAUGUCUAAGCAUUAGCUGUACAAUAAUUCUACAAAAUAUCACUGUAUCAUAACAUCUUGAUUAUAUAAAAACAUUAGUAUAGUUGCA